UGCACGUAGGAAAACGAUUCCUCUGUUUGUCAUUGAUAGUGUGGAUUCUUCGUCCAUAUUUAUAUGGUGUUUGUGAUGGCCAGGUCCUUGUGUACGGUAACGCCGAUUCGCAUUUUACGGGUAUGAUAAGGGUGGUCAACACGACCGUGACAUGGCACGAGGCUCACUCGGCGUGCCUGAACAUGGGCUUCGGGAGGAUGAUGCAUUCUACGAAUGCUGGAGACAGAGUCGUUUAUACGAGGAAGGUACUCAUUGAAAACGGAUGGCCUGAUGUGCCUCUUUGGAUUGGUUAUCUGAAAGACGGAUCAACCAACAAAUGGAACAAAGUUUCUACGACUUGUUCUCCAAUCAGCAACAGUAACUUGUUCAAGUUUGGCAAUGACCUACCAGAUACUCAGCUGUGUGUUUUAGUGAACAUGACGAGAGCUACGAGCGAGCAGGCCUGGUAUGGUGUACCUUGUAAUGAGAGACACGCGUUUAUCUGUGAGGAGCCUGUAGCCGUCAAGACCACCAAAACAAAUGAUGCAGCGCUGAUUUCUGGGCUUCCGACUUCUAAACUGACCACCACAUACGACUGUCUGACAGCGUGUUGUCGGGCAAAAAUACUACCUUAUGUCAAUAUCCCUGUAGUCCAGGUAAACCUGGCGAACGGAAGCUGUGUACACCUCAGUGACGACAUAUUCAACUUCCCUCUCCCAUAUUAUGUAAACACGUCGGUAACUGGGAGCAAUGUGAUUGCAGCAAACACUGUCAUGACGGUGGUGGUCCUGGAUGACAAUGGGACAAUAGACUACACGUCGAAUACUGACCUUUCAUGUAUCUAG